AUGUUUGGGUUAAUUGAAAAAGCAUGUUUCACUAGGAGGGGAGGGAAGCGUUCAGCUCGGAAGGAUACAGUAUGGGUACCGCCUGUCAAGUGCAUCACUGAGGAGGGGAAGCCGAGGGCUUACAAAAAUAUACUGAAUUGGAGUUUGAUCACCAAAAUAAGUAGUGCACUGCCCAGGGAACUCAAAAUACAAGGCGUUUCGGAAGUUGGACCAAACACUCAAGAAUCACAACGGUCGAAGGCACACAGGUCAUCACAGGCGAAGUUUGAAGUUGUGAAGUGCAGACUCAGGCUUGAGCCCACCUAUCGCUGGGUACCUGUAGCUCUGGAACCUGAUGGCGUUCUUGUCCCCAUGAGAAUCGAUAUCGGAAUCGGAGUUAGCCAUGGAAGUCCAGAAGAAAGUACCAGCAUCAGUCCGCGCAAAGUGAACAGGAAUGUACCUUUGACCCCUGUAGACUGGCAGGAAAUGCAUCUGGUCAUCUUCGAAAAGAGACCUACACUGGACAGAAUGUUAGCUUCGACGUCACAAAGAAAUGAUGAUGGUUUGCGGGCGUCUUACAAUAUCUCGUUACUUAUAGCAAAAUCCGGAAAACCGCAUACUAUCGGAGAGAAGUUAAUUUUGCCAGCCGUUGGAGAGGUUUUAAAAACUGUUUUACACAAACCUGCAUCUGAUAUCAUUAAAAGCAUUCCCUUAAGCAACAAUACUGUUGAAGGACGUAUUGAUGAAAUGAGUUCUGAUAUUGAAAGCUUCUUAUGUAAUUAUUUGCAAACGACCCAUUUCUCUAUACAACUGGACGAGUCAACUUUACCUGAUAAUGCAGCAUUAUUGGCAUAUGUUCGUUUUAUUAUGAAUCAAGAAAUCUACGAAGAACUGCUCUUCGCAAGAACUUUGAUAACCGACACUGAAGGUGAAUCAAUAUUUCAUGUUUUGAAGGAUUACUUCAUUGAAAAAGCAAUUCCUUUAUCAAAUAUAAUAUCAGUAGCUACAGAUGGAGCACCUGCCAUGAUUCUGAAGAUGGUGUUCAAAUCCUAUAUAGAUGACAGGAUCAAAACGUCGGGGCCCAGGUCGAAACAACCUUGCUUGAUGCUCCCAAGAUUCUAUGACAAGCCUCAGUUAUGCGUAGCGAAGAGUCUGAUCUCCUACGUUACAGGAAUUGCUGCAUUAAGGAACCUACACGACAAGUAUUUGUUCAUCACAACCAAAAAACCUUAUAGAGUCACCUGCAAACAAACUGAGUCGCUGAGUCAGAAAGACCCUUAA